AUGUCUUUACCAACAGAAUACAAUCACUUUUAUAGCGCAUGGGAGUCGGUACGCGCUGAGGACCAGAAUCUUAACACCUUGAGAGCACGGCUUAUGGCAGAAGAAAUAAGAAUGGGUGCUCAGGAAAAACAAAAAUCAGAAGCUCUCUUAGCAAAACGACAAUACCGACCAGCAACUAAAGGGCAACAAAAUAAAUUUGUGAAAACAACGACCAGGAGUCAAGGGUGCUUUAAGUGUGGUGACAAAGGCCAUUUAAAACGUAAUGCUCCACAAAUUAAAAAGGUUGAACCAAAUGCAAAUCAUUGCAGAAGCUAUGAAGCUUUAAUGUGUAGUACAAAUGCAAGCUGUAGUGAAAAUAAUUGGGUUCUUGACUCAGGAGCAACGGAUCAUAUGUGUCAUAUAAAGGAGUGGUUUGAAAGUUUGAGAAACCACAAUGAUAUAGUCAGGGUUGGCGAUGGACGUGCUAUUAAAGCGGCAGAUAAAGGAAAUAUUGUCGUUUUGGUUAGUGAAGGUCAUAAAUGGGUGCAGAAAGUACUGAAAGAUGUACUUUAUGUUCCAGGCAUCCAAUAUAAUUUAUUUUUAUCAACAAAGGCACUAGAUCGUGGUUAUAAAUUCCAUUCUAACAGUAGUACUUGUAAAUUUGUCAGAGGAGACGGAAGUACUGUUGCAGUGGGAGUUCAAAGAGGAAAGUUAUUUAAUAUGCUGAUUAAAGUUCCAGAAGGCAUCAUGUUAAAUGUAGCAGUCGCCGACAACUUACCUUUGCAAAUAUGGUAUGGCAUGAAAGAAUGGGUCACCAAAAUGCAACACAUGUGA